GUCAACCCAGCAACCAUGGAAAGGUCUUCAACUUCUGAUACAGGCUCUGAAAAGCCUAAUCCUUCCCACCAUAGCACAGGGGCUGUUCAAAUGAGGAUCAAAAAUUCCAACACUCACCACGACAGGCUGAGCCAAAGCAAAUCUAUGAUUCUCUCUGAGAAUGUGAAAGUCGCCGAGCCCAUAAACCGUCACAGAAGAAAUCUUUCCCAACACAACUUGACAAUUGCAGACAUCAUCAGCAACCAGGAAUCCACGGUAGUGGCGAAGGAAGGAUAUCUUCUAAAAGCAAAAAUAGCAGAUGGUGGCAAGAAAUUAAGGAAAAAUUGGUCCACCUCCUGGAUUGUCCUUACUGCUCGGAAAAUGGAAUUCUACAAAGAGUCCAAGCAGCCGGCCAUGGCCAACCUGAAGCCGGGAUAUAAACCUGAGUGUGUGGAUUUGUGUGGUGCUCGCAUUGAGUGGACCUCAGAGAAAUCCAGCAAAAAGAAUGUCUUUCAGAUCACCACAGUGUCAGGAAAUGAGUUCCUCUUCCAGUCGGAUAUCGACUUUCUCAUAUUGGAUUGGUUCCACGCUAUCAAAAAUGCAAUUGACAGAUUGCCAAAAGAACAGAGAAUUACAUCGAGAAAUUUGGAGUUCAAACUCAGAAGAUCCUCCAGCAUCGAAUUACUGAAUAACUUAGACACUGAAUCCAAAGAGCCAAAGCCUGAACACAGAAAAUCUUUAAUUUUCAGGCUGAACUACAGUGCCUCUGACACAAAUGACAGAAACCGAAUUAAAAGCAGAUUAAAGAAGUUCAUCUCCCGAAGACCCUCCUUGAAAACAUUGCAAGAAAAGGGACUUAUUAAAGAUCAAAUUUUUGGCUCCCAUUUGCACUCGGUUUGUGAGCAUGAGAAAUCUACAGUUCCCCAGUUUGUAAGACUCUGCAUAGAAGCUGUUGAAAAAAGAGGUCUAGAUGUUGAUGGAAUAUACAGAGUUAGCGGCAAUCUGGCAACAAUACAGAAGUUACGAUUUGUUGUCAAUCAGGAAGAGAAGCUGAAUUUGGACGACAGCCAGUGGGAGGACAUCCACGUUGUCACCGGAGCACUCAAGAUGUUUUUCAGAGAGCUGCCUGAGCCGCUGUUCCCAUACUCCUUAUUUGAACAGUUUGUGGAGGCGAUAAAAAUCCAGGACAAUGCCACUCGCAUCAAAUGCAUAAGGAGCCUGGUAAAGAAGCUCCCAAGACCCAACUAUGAGACAAUGAAAAUCCUUUUUCAACAUCUACAGAAGAUAGCAGCCAAGGAAUCCGUGAAUCUUAUGUCAACACAGAGCUUAGGAAUUGUGUUUGGACCAACACUGCUUAGACCUGAAAAGGAGACAGGGAACAUGGCAGUCCACAUGCUGUACCAAAAUCAGAUAGUUGAACUUAUGCUGAGCGAGUACAGCAAGAUCUUCGGCUCGGGGGAAGACUGACAGACAGGGCCUGUUAUUGAAAACGUUCACAUCUGUCUUGAUGUCUAAUAUUUUUACAUUUCUGUAAACAUAUCUUUGAAAUAUUUCUUUUUCUUUCAAGUGACAGAUGCCUCGUUUUGUGCAAACUUAAUGAUGAUUUUGUGUCUAAUUUUCAAACAUUGGAAUAAAAAAUAUUGU